AUGGAAGCUGAUGCGCGACCGCCAGCCAGAGCCUCACCCUUCUCGGAACCCGCCGAUGAGAGCUCUAUUCGUCUACUCCGCUUCUCGCAGCCCGAAGAUGGCGUCUUCGUUGGCAAGCUGCAGAAGUUCCCCAUCGCCAGCGCGCCUCAUUACUACACAGCCAGCUAUGUGUGGGGCGAGCGCAAGUACAAAGGUGCAAAGAUUAACCUGAAGACUGGAGGACUACCAAUACUGAAUAGCUUGGUACCAUUUAUCCACAUGGUCACCCGCCAUGGCGACUUCAAGGCCACAGACUGGUGGUGGAUUGACUCGCUGUGCAUCAACUUGGAUGAUCCCAGCGAACGCGAGAAACAAGUGCGCAUCAUGGCAGACAUCUAUAAAAAAGCGAGGCGAGCGAUCAUCUGGCUGGGUGAAAAGAAAGAAGAUGGUAGCGACUGCACCGAUGCGAUCGACUUCAUGCACUACCUGUCCACCUUGCAGAUCGGGUUCAAUGGAGACGACCAGGCCAUGCGUAGAAAGCUCCAGAACUCCGAGUUCACCGACAAGUGUGUCGCUGUCAGUAAUCUACUCGCCAGGCCAUGGUGGACCAGGGUCUGGACGUUACAAGAGUUUGUUUUGCCAAAAGAGGCGAAACUUUACUGUGGUGUGCAUAGUAUCAGCCGCGGAAGGUUCAAAAGUGCCAUCUAUAGCAUCUUCCUUUGCAGCACCAUCAGCAAAGACUUCGAACACGAGCUUGUUCCGCGCAAGCUCUUUGACGGAGCCUUCAAUCGCCGCCGCAUUCAUCAAUGGCACACUAAGCCAGCCUCGAUCGGUAUCAAUCUGAUCGCCAUCAUGGCGUACCUGGGUAAUCACUCCGCCACCGACAGCAGAGAUCGCAUUUACUCCGUGCUAGGUUUGAUCACUGAACAAGACCGAGCGCUCAUCGGAUCUGCCGAAUAUACUACCAGCAUUGCGCACCAGUUCGCACGGCUUGUUCGCUCUUUCUGGUGUGUACAUCGGUCCCUGGAUAUUGUCUGCUUUACGCAUCUAUUCUGUCUUAACGCUGCGGUCAGUGACCCUGGCGUCGAAGAUCCAGUGCCUACCUGGGCUCCAGACUGGAGGACGACAAUCGACUUCGCUUCGCCUGUGCCGCUGAUGGCAAGCCAAAGCGCGUGUGAGCACAUUGGAAACUUCAGACCGCUGCGAUCAACACGCUGGAAAGCAAUGUACGAUGCUCCUGGAGAGACACUGAGAAAAGAGGCAGAUGUUUCCUUUGUCGAAGACCUGAAGGAGCUCCACUGCAACGGUGUCGUGCUGGACACUAUUCACGGGCUCGGUGGGCUUGACGAGCGGGAACUGCGGUGCGAAAGCUUUGUAUGCCGCGAGGCCGGUCAUGACUUGAUGCAGUCGCGGCAGGACCAGCAGAGCGCUCGGGGAGUCGCAAAGCAGCCUUCCGAGUGGCUUGAGGCCAUAGCACGGUCCUUGGUUAUCGACCGCCGCGACAAGUACCUUUGCUUCCAGGCGCCAGAUCACUACAUCAGCGACUUCCUCUUCCUCUGUCAUGCCUGUGUUGACGGCGAUCCCGUCGACUGGAGCUUUGCAACAUGGUUUGAGCGCAACCAUCAUGUGAUGUUCGGCAAUAUGUCGCUCGUAGACAUAGUCCGACAGAUACCCACUAAAUUUUCUUCACCCCCUCCAACACUGCAUCGGCCACCGUCGCAUCCCGUACAUCAGAUGAACGACAAGCUCGACACCUUUCUCUCACGCUUCCACGAUACUGUGCGAAAGAAAGCGCGCCGGCUGAUGGUCACCGAACAAGGCUACGUUGGCAUGGCGCCGUGUCGCGCAAGACCCGGCGAUGUCGUGGCUAUCCUGUUCGGAUGCAGCAUUCCACUUGUCUUACGAGAAACGGCGUCGCAAUCUGCGUGGCAGGUUGUCGGCGAGGGCUUUGUACACCGCCAAAUGAACGGCGAGAUUGCAGACGAGCUGAAGAACGGGACGCUCAAUAAUGGCACCCAAGAUCUACCGCUGCCAAUGCUGGAGCAGGACGUGAAAGAUUGGAGCGGGCCUGUCAGUUGCGGUGUUAAGUUUUACGAGAGAGGUGGAACCACGAGUGUCUUUGCCGCUUCAGUCACCGUAACCUCCGUUGCGACUCAGCCCGCUUCAAUCUUCGCUUCAGCGUCGACAGUCACGUAUGAGCGCACCAUGACAAGCGCGUCUGCUUCGGGCACGGCAUCUACCCCCGUCAACACAGGCAAUACAGCACCGCCAACCGUGACGCCCACCAAUCCGGUCGUCACCACAAGCUCAAGCGACAGUGCUGGUCUGUCCACAGGAGCGAAGGCUGGCAUCGGCGCCGGUAUUGGUGUUUCCGCGUUGCUUGUCGCUGCGGCUGCAUACCUGUUCUACCGCAACCAUCGCAAGCUCAAAGACCUCAACGCACGUCUUAGCUACCAAUCCCAAGCCGAGCAGUUCAAUAAGCCUCCGGGUGUUGCGGUCGCGCCUCAUGGAAGCAAUGGAUCUGAGAGGCCGUACAGUGAGGCUACGAUGUCGCAGGUUCAUUCAUCGCCGCAGGUACCGGUGCAGCUUUCAUAG